GUUAUAUUAUUUUUUUGAUCUUUUAAAUUACGUACUUUAUUGAAGAGUAGCCUUCUAAUGUCAGCGUCCAAUCGGGAGGCGGAUUGACGUCACACAGCAGGACCAAACAAGCAGCAUCCAGGAGCGCGAGCCUUGCACCUCCGCCUCAUAACGCAGUGAUAGAAGAUAAGAUGGCCACCUCCUCCUCCAAUCUGGAAGAAGAUGAAAGUCUGAAAGGCUGCGAGGUUUUCGUGCAGAAACACAACAUACAGCAGAUCCUCAAAGAGUGCAUCGUCAACUUGUGCGUCGCCAAGCCCGAGCGGCCUAUGAAGUUCCUGCGGGAACACUUUGAGAAGCUGGAGAAGGAAGAAUGCACGCAGAUCAUGGCCCGUCAGAAGUCCAACUCUCAGUCCGACUCUCACGAUGAUGAAGUGUCUCCUCCUCCUCCAAACCCGGUGGUGAAGGCUCGGCGCCGGAGAGGUGGGGUCAGUGCCGAGGUCUACACAGAGGAGGAUGCCGUCAGCUACGUCAGAAAGGUCAUUCCAAAGGACUACAAGACAAUGACCGCCCUCGCCAAAGCCAUCUCUAAGAACGUGCUGUUUGCCCACCUGGACGACAAUGAGAGAAGUGACAUAUUUGAUGCCAUGUUCCCGGUCACACACAUCGCCGGAGAGACAGUAAUCCAGCAAGGUGAUGAAGGGGACAACUUCUAUGUGAUUGAUCAAGGAGAAGUUGACGUGUAUGUAAAUGGUGAAUGGGUGACUAGUAUUGGAGAGGGUGGUAGUUUUGGAGAGUUAGCCCUGAUAUAUGGAACUCCUCGAGCUGCUACUGUGAAAGCCAAGACUGACAUGAAACUGUGGGGAAUAGACAGAGACAGCUACCGACGCAUCCUCAUGGGAAGCACGUUGAGGAAGAGGAAGAUGUAUGAAGAGUUCCUCAGUAAGGUGUCUAUACUUGAAUCCCUUGAUAAAUGGGAGAGGCUGACUGUGGCCGAUGCCCUGGAGCCUGUGCAGUCUGAAGAUGGAGAGAAGAUCGUAGUGCAGGGAGAACCUGGAGAUGAUUUCUUCAUUAUUACAGAGGGAACAGCAUCUGUUCUGCAGCGCAGGUCUGAUAAUGAGGAAUAUGUUGAAGUGGGCCGCCUGGGUCCGUCUGACUACUUCGGUGAGAUAGCACUGCUACUGAACAGACCCCGUGCGGCCACUGUCGUGGCCAGAGGUCCGCUCAAGUGCGUGAAGCUGGACAGGCCUCGUUUCGAGCGUGUCCUCGGGCCCUGCUCUGAGAUCCUCAAGAGGAACAUUCAGAGAUAUAACAGCUUCAUUUCCCUCACAGUUUAACCCAGCCAUCCGACAAUUGUCUAGACCUCUGGCAGGUUACUUGGGUGCCUGGUUGUAUAAAAUAAUGUGU